AUGGCCGAGAUCGCCGAGGUGGCCGAGCGCUGGGGCCGGGAGCGCCCUGAAAGCAAGCUAGGAGGCGCAAGGACCCCGCGCAGCUCCGUUCCCAGCGCGUUUCCCGAGCGCCCGGGCCAGUUGCGCCAGUCGCAGGCCAGGUUUGGUUCCUGGUUGUCGCCGUACGGGGAUUUCCCGAGCUGGGACCCCGGCGACCAGCAGCAGUCAGGCGCCGAGCAGGCCGCUUCUGAUCCCGGCCCCACAGCACCUCGGGACUCGAGGCGCACUUCGAUCCCCGACGCCCCCAAGGACGUCCCGCGCACCCCAAAUGUGGAGUUGAUCUUUGACCACGUGGGCCACUUCGGACGAUUCCAGAAAGUCCUCUAUUUCAUAUGUGCCUUCCAGAACACCUCUUGUGGUAUCCAUUUGUUGGCUUCUGUGUUCAUCGUAUCAACCCCUUCAAGGUUUAUCUGCAAACCUCCAGGAAACGUGUCUCGGAUUCUUUUCCAAAAUACUUCUGGUGACAUAUUGCAGAACAUAUUCUCACAAACCAGAGACGACUUCAUAAUAGUGCAGCUACAGAACGGUGAAAUCUGGGAGCUCUCCAAUUGUGGGAGGGUUCAUAGGUCUGACUUGGAGUUGAAUAUAUCGUUUUCUCGUAGAGACGCUAAGAAUAGUCUAGCUUGCCCGAAUGGCUAUUUCUACAACCAGUCCAAAUUCUCUCUAGUGACUGAAUGGAAUCUGGUGUGUGAUCGAAAACAUUUAGCACUAAUGAUUCAGCCCAUAUUUAUAUGUGGAGCCAUGGUAGGAUCAAUGAUAUUUGGCUACCUUGCUGACAGAUUGGGGAGACGACCUAUUCUGUGGCCCACAAGCAUAGCCAUGAUUCUAUUUGGUAUAUUGACUGCUUUCUCAGUGGACAUUAUCAGCUUCUUUAUCGUGUACUUUUUUCUUGCUAUGGUUACUGGUGGCUUUAUUAUAGUGGUCUUCAUCUAUGUGGUGGAGAUCAUUGGCAUGAAGUACCGAACCACAGCAGCCAUCUUCCUGCACUCUUCCUUUGCACUGGGGAUCAUGAUUGUGGCUUUGGUUGGCUACCUGGCGAAGACUUUGUGGGUCUAUCAGAUGAUCCUGACCUUGGUGACAUCUCCCUUCAUCCUGUGCUGUUGGAUCCUCCCAGAGACACCCUUCUGGCUUCUCUCAGAGGGAAAAUACAAAGAAGCACAAGAAGUAGUUGAUAAAAUUGCAAAGUGGAAUGGAAAACCCUCCUGUCAACUGUCAGAAGUGUUUUUACAGGAUCUAAAUAAUACCAUUGAUUAUAGCUUCACUAAGAAGAAGACUCACAGUAUUCUGUAUAUGUUUUAUGGCUGGAAUGUGGGACUAAUGACAACGGUUACUUGGUUGAUUUGGUUCACAGCGUCUUUGGGAUUCUACUCCUUCUCCUUGUUAAGUCUUAGUUUAAGCAAGAAUAAAUAUUUAUUUUUAUUCCUUACAGGUAUUAUGGAAAUACUUGCCUACGUCCUCGUGGCCCUGGGGAUACGGACUAUGGGGGCAAAAAAACUUAUGUUUCUUUUGCUCUGGUUAAAUUCAGUGGCAUGUGGUAUACUGGUCAUCCCCAUGGGCAACUAUUAUACUAAAAUGGCGAUAGUUUGGGCCGCUAAAAUGUCUAUAUCGGCAGUUUUUAACCUCAUUUUCAUUCAUACUGCUAACUUGUAUCCAACCACUAUAAGGGCGCUGGCUUUGGGCAGCGGCACCAUGGUGAGCCGCCUGGGAAGCCUAGUAGCUCCGUUCUACGAUAUUAUUUCCAACUUUUGGCUGUCUAUACCACAGUUCUUAGUGAUGGUCUUGGCCUUACUCAGUGGAGUACUAUCACUCGUGCUUCCAGAAACCUUCAACAUGCCUCUGGCAAAUACUUGGGAGGAUUCUUUCGCACUGAAGAAAGAACAGAAAACCAGCUCAAAGGAUUUCCUUCCCCCCACCAGUAAUCCUCUGUCGGAAGAGAGAGAUAAUCAGUUAGAGCAUCCUGGGGCUCAUGAAUAAAUAUGCCCUAUGUGCUACCUGGCACCUCAGAUAUUGUUCAUUUUCAUGCUUAUUUAUUAUUCUCAUCUACUGCAUGUUAUAUUUAUGUAUAUUUUAAAAAAUUUUUGGAAUAAAAUUUUGGAGCAAUUGCUUUAUAAAAGUAAAUGAA